AUGUUCAUCUUGUCAUUACUUCGGGAUACAGUGGCUAUCAAACCACAUCAGCUCAGUUCUGAUCAGCAAAUGGUAAUCAAAAAAAGACUCAAUGAGCGCCUCGCCAAUAAAGUUGUCCCUGAUCUCGGUCUUUGUAUCUGUGUUUACGAUAUAAGUGAGAUCGGAGAUUCAUAUAUUUUGCCAGGAGAAGGAGACUGCAGAGUUAGAGUAACGUUUCGAAUGAUUGUGUUUCGUCCAUUUGUGGAUGAGGUUAUCGAAGCCAAGGUGAUUGGUUCCUCCCGACAAGGUCUCACUCUUUCCGUUGAAUUCUUCGAGGAUAUCUUUGUUCCGGCGGAGAAACUUCCCGAACCCCACGUUUUCGAAGAGGAUGGACAAGUUUGGUAUUGGGAAUAUGCACAAGAAGACGGUGAACCUCCGGCCAAGCUCUACAUGGAUCCUGGGAAGAUUGUGAGGUUCCGAACAACUGAACUUAUUUUCAAAGAUCUCAAGCCGGAACUGAGCCAAGAGGAACGAAAGACAGAAAAGUCGAUGGAAAUCAAAGGAACCAUGGCGAGUACAGGUUUAGGAUGUGUGGGAUGGUGGACAGCAGACGACGAAGAUGAAGAAGCGGUUGAAGAUGAGCAAGACGAAAGCUUCUUAAAAAACAUACGAAACGGGUUUCAUUGUUAUUAA